CACAAGAUCGCUGCUUUCCGGCAAACCAGUGUCGUGUCCAUCCUCCACAAGGUCGCGGCAUGGCGGGGCGGCUUGCUUUGGCGCCGGAGUUGGGAGAAUGGGACAACCGAGACCCUGCUCAGUUCCCGCCGCGCAACUUCUACCGAGACUUGAUCCGGAACAUCGGCGUGGCCCGACGGCGGUGCAACAGACAGCCCGUUCAUACCGGAUCUACAUCUACCUAUUCAUCGUACUCGACCGCAUCAGGUGCUUCGAAUCCGUACUUUUACCAGCCCAAUAACUCCUACUGCUCCUCCCGUUCUAGUUCGCACUCCGGCGCCAUAGCAGACUUCGGCACCCACGACCACGAGCUCACGAAGAUCGCUCGCCGGAUGGUCAGCGACGGGUACGCCCAGCGCAUGGUCACCGCAUUCGGUGGUGGUCCGGACUGUGCUUGUCUAGAGACUUGGUUCAUGGAGCUCGACGUCCACUGGGUUCUCCAACUCCACGAGGAGCAUGGCUUACCACCAGACCUACAAGACAAGACGUCGGCCGCGUCGCACCAAGAAUUGAUCGAGAGGUGGAUCCGAGCUCUCACCGUAAUCACUGCCAGUAUAGUAGAGCUGGUCCUGAUCGUCACCGUCGAUGAGAUGCCGGCGGUCGCACGGUUCGGCAAAGCAAGCAUGGCCAAGAUGCUUGUCUUUGUCGGUGCCAUUAUCCCUGCUCUUGAGGCGGGUAUGAUAGGAACCCUAGUAGAUAUGUAUGUCUGGGUCUCCAGUGCAUCAUACAGGUUCACGCCGCUGCUAAUCUCUCGAGAAGCCCAAACCAUACUCGACGAGAUAGGUCGCUCGUUGUCUCGCCUAAGAGAAGCCAUAUCUAGCACAACGGAGGCGGCGAGGACAUUCAUCGAGGAUGAAGACUCGAACUGGGCUAUCGCGAUUCAGCGAGGAAGAGGCGAGGUUCACGAGUGCACUCGGUUGAUGGUGGAUUUCAUCAGGUACCUGGUUAACGCAGAGGGUUCGAUGCGAAACACCGCACACAGCCAUGAUACCGCCUACCUUCGUGGCCUCAUACAUGAUUAUGUGCAUUAUCUAAAGGACCUUCUCUUGAGGAAAUCAGAUCUGUGCUUAGACCUAAGCCUCAGGUACCUGUUCCUGCUCAACAAUUUCUAUUUAGUAACGAAUCGGUUUGAGCCAUUGCCCGGAGGCCAUUGGGGACUAACACCUGAAUGUAAAAAGUUCAUGGAUAGCUAUCUCGAUGUUUCUUGGGGACAUGUGCUCUCUCACGUACAGAAAAAAGUUUUCGUGGACACCGCUCUCGAUGUUUCUUGCGGACCUGUGCUGUUCGGCAUAACGAGAAAAGGUUUACAUGGUUCAGGCCAACAUCGUAAGAAUACCUCUUCACUGGCUAAGUUCAACUCAGCAUUUCAUCAAAUGUACCAGGCUCAAAAGUUUUGGAAGGUUCCAUUUCCUCGGCUCAGACAUGUGUUGCGGGAAUCUAUCACGGAGAAAGUUAUAUCAGUUUACGGCUACUACCUGGAAAAGCAUCCGGACCUAGAGAAACACAUUAGCUGCCAUAGAGUUAUCUCAGCCCCAAGUUACUGGUACUUCAUGAAGAAGAAUCGGGAGCUGGAGAACCUCAUUAGCAGCAGUCCCGACGUGUUGAAGGAGAUGCUUGCUGAGCUAUUCGAAAGAUGAAAACUGCUCUAGACAUCAAAUAGCUAGUCACCCUACUGUAUAUGAUACCUAAAUUCAUGAUUGUCAUUGUAUUUAGAGUUUUUUGUUUGAACUUUGAAGUGAAGUUGUAUUUUAAGUUCAAAUUGUUGCUUAGGCGCCA